ACUGACCAAAAUGAAGCUGGAGUUAGAACAGAAGAGUCACCAGAAUUUCCACAGUAUGCUAGAAUUUCCACGGAGUGCCCCUUGAAACACGGUGGUAGUGCUUCUAGUCAAAAGGAAUCCCUCGAGCAGCUUAACUGACCAAAAUGAAGCUGGAGUUAGGACAGAAGAGUGACCAGAAUUUCCACGGUGCCCCUUACUACACGGAAAGUAUUCUUAUUUAAUUAUUGACGGGAUAUACAAGGACCGCAGAAAUUCUACAACCACACAUUCAGAGUUGGAAUUCGUCCACGAUAAUUAUGGGUUUAGGCAUCCAUCUAGAUCAGUACAGCACGACUGUGAAAGUCUUUUUUGCAAGUGUAACACCUUGCUUCAUAUACAUCCUCCGAUUCUCAAUCCCCUUCACCUUCAUUACAGUACAUCAAUAUGAGUAAAUUCCUUGUUGCAGCUGUUCUACUAUCUCUCAUCAACCAUGGAGCCGACUUGGCCACAGCGUGGGAUGAUAAAGAUUUCUUCAGAUAUUGUCCAGCAUCCAAGUGCAGCAAACAUGGUCCAGAGAUAAGGUUCCCUUUCCGACUUAAAUCCAGCAAUACAUCAUGCAGCAUGACACCAUGCAUGGAGUUAGCAUGCUCUGACCAAGACACCAUUCUAGUUCACCCAAGCCUUGGUCGAUGCAAGGUGACUGCCAUAGAUUACCCUAAUCGUCACAUGUAUAUCACCCCGCUUGUAUUCUACUCAUCUCCCUGUCCGCUCAAGAAGCUCUUCUCUAGAAGCAUACCGAUUGAUGCCUAUGCGGAGAACCAGGGCCCAUGUCCGGACAUAUUUCUUGAGCAAAAUAUGACCCUAGUAUGCUGUCCGAGAGAGUUCACGCCAAGCAGUAUUGAUGUUGCCGAUAGCAUUGCUGGCCCAGUCUCCUGCCUUAGUAAUGCAACCAACUUCUCGUAUUUGGUAGAUUCUUCUGGACCCAUUUCCAUUCUUCCGUCCGACUGCAAGGUGUGCUCAGAUGGCGUCGUCCCUAUAGCCUUCAACAGCGACCUGAGAUCCAUGUACGACGACGGACCACCUCCCUUCAAGUCAAGUGCAGAAAGAAUCCUCAGCUUUGCCGAGAUUAAGCUGGAAUGGCGUGAAAUGGACGAAAACAUCCCGUGCCUGUACUGCGAACAGCAAGGGAGACACUGUGCAUUCAGCUCGGAAAGGAAUCAAACAUUCUGCAUGCCUCAUGGUUCGCGUAUCACAGUUAUCGCAGCUACAUCAUCGGUGACCGCAUUUGUUGUUCUUUUGUUGACGGUGGCCACUGCACUUUAUCUUUCACUGAAGACAAGAUAUAAUGAAGAGAUACAUUUGAAGGUCGAAAUGUUUCUCAAGACAUAUGGCACAUCAAAACCCACGAGGUACACUUUCUCAGAAGUUAAAAAGAUGGCAAGGCGGUUUAAGGAGAAAGUAGGGCAAGGAGGAUUUGGAACUGUAUACAAAGGUGAGCUAGCAAAUGGAGUGCCAGUGGCAGUCAAAUUGCUAGAAAACUCUACAGGAGAAGGAGGGGAAUUCAUUAAUGAAGUCGCAACCAUCGGGAGAAUCCACCAUGCAAACAUUGUCCAGCUCCUCGGCUUUUGCUCAGAAGGAACUAGGCGCGCUCUUAUUUAUGAAUUCAUGCCUAAUGACUCAUUAGAGAAGUACAUAUUCUCGACUGAUUCUAAUAUCUAUCGGCAACUCCUAGUACCCGAAAAAAUGCUAGAUGUUUCUCUAGGGAUUGCCCGAGGAAUGGAAUACCUACAUCAAGGGUGCAACCAGCGUAUUCUCCACUUUGACAUCAAGCCUCACAACAUCCUGCUGGACUACAACUUCAAUCCAAAGAUCUCAGACUUUGGCCUAGCAAAGUUGUGCGCAAGGGACCAGAGCAUUGUUACCUUGACUGCGGCGAGAGGCACAAUGGGCUAUAUUGCACCUGAGCUAUAUUCAAGGAACUUUGGGGGAAUAUCAUACAAGUCGGAUGUUUACAGUUUUGGCAUGCUAGUGUUAGAAAUGGUAAGUGGAAGGAGAAACUUGGACCCAAGUGUUGGGAGCCAGAACGAGGUCUACCUCCCGGAGUGGAUCUAUGAGAAAGUAAUUACUGGGCAAGAAUUGGAGCUUAGUUUGGAAAUGGCACAGGAAGAGAAAGAAAAGGUUAGACAGCUUGCCAUUGUGGGACUAUGGUGUAUCCAGUGGAACCCAAAGAAUCGGCCCUCGAUGACAAAGGUGGUAAACAUGUUAACGGGGAGGUUGCAGAAUCUACAGAUUCCACCUAAGCCGUUCAUCUCAUCUGGAAAUCAUCCUGUGGUGUAAAUCAUGGAGAGCAUGCUGCCACAAUUUAGUAAACAAUGGAGGUGUCUACUACUCUGUCCAUGUGGUGCACAUGAAUGCAUAACACUAGCAUGAAUAUAUUUCGAUAUUUCCACUACAUUAGCACUGAUGUAUGAAUAAUGAUCCGUCGCCAUGUAAUACUAGUGCUAUCUCUAUUUGUAAUCAGAAUCACAUUGAACUUUAUUUGGAUUGUAAAAAACAGUUAAAAAUACAGUAAUCU